GCGGCGUGCGUGCGCGUGCGCGAGGGGUCACGUGGGAGCGACGCGGCGCCGUUGCCCCGCCCUCCCUCGGCGCGCGCUGGCGUCGGCUGCGUCUCCGGGCAUUUGAAUUGCGCUUCCGCCAUCUUUCCAGCCCUCAGUCAGACGGGCUCGGAGACGCUUCUGGAAGUAGCAUCGCGAUGGCUGCGCAAGGAGAGCCCCAAGUGCAGUUCAAGCUCGUAUUGGUUGGUGACGGCGGUACUGGGAAAACUACAUUUGUGAAACGCCAUCUGACUGGUGAAUUUGAGAAGAAGUAUGUAGCCACCUUGGGCGUUGAGGUCCAUCCCCUUGUGUUCCAUACCAACAGAGGACCCAUUAAGUUCAACGUAUGGGAUACAGCUGGCCAGGAGAAAUUUGGUGGACUGAGAGAUGGCUAUUACAUCCAAGCUCAAUGUGCCAUCAUAAUGUUUGAUGUAACAUCGAGGGUUACUUACAAGAAUGUGCCUAACUGGCAUAGAGAUCUGGUACGAGUGUGUGAGAACAUCCCCAUCGUGUUGUGUGGCAACAAAGUGGAUAUUAAGGACAGAAAGGUUAAGGCAAAGUCGAUUGUCUUCCACCGAAAGAAGAAUCUUCAGUACUAUGACAUCUCCGCCAAAAGUAACUACAAUUUUGAAAAGCCCUUCCUCUGGCUUGCUAGAAAACUGAUCGGAGACCCUAACUUGGAGUUCGUCGCCAUGCCUGCUCUUGCCCCGCCAGAGGUGGUCAUGGACCCAGCGUUGGCAGCGCAGUACGAGCACGAUCUAGAGGUUGCUCAGACAACUGCCCUCCCGGAUGAAGAUGAUGACCUGUGAGAAAAGUGAAGCUGGAGCCCAGCGUCAGAAGUCUAGUUUUAUAGGCAACUGUCCUGUGAUGUCAGUGGUGCAGCGUGUUUGCCACUUUAUUAUAUAGCUAAGCAGAACAUGUGCUUGAUGUUUGGGAUGCUGAAGGAGAUGGAUGGGCUUUGGAGUGAAUGUGGCAGUUAAAAAAAAAAAAAAAAAAACUUCAUUUUUUUGGACCUGCAUAUUUAGGUGUUUUGGAACACAGUUCUUUCCUCCUUAAGUUUCAAAUAUAAGACUGCUACAGUCACAUCACAAUAUCCAGUGGUGGAAUCUUGUUUGUUACUGUCAUUCCCAUUCCUUUUCGUUUAGAAUCAGAAUAAAGUUGUAUUUCAAAUAUCUAAGCAAAUGAACUCAUCCCUCGUUUAAAUGAGCAUUUUAAAACCACUAACAGGGAAAAUUGUGCCAUGUUAGUAUCUGAAUUGCCUUUGCUAUUACUACUUAAUUUGAAGUCUGUUAGGUUAAAUUCUUCUAAUUUUCUGUACAUGUGAAUCAUUUCACACAAAUGAAAUGACAGGUCAACAGUAUUGUAUUCGGUAAGUCGUUAAGAGGUGUAAAUACUGUCAAUGCAGUUAGGCUAAGAUAAUACCUACCCCACCUGUCUUUUGGCCUAGGUAGUGUCACAUCUAGGGAGGAGCUUGUUUGAGAUUUGUGUGACCUGUCAGAAUAAAAGUGGUACCUGUUUUAGA